AUGAGCACCAAUCAGCUUAGUGGUUCUAUUCCUUCAGAGAUUGUAAAUUCAACUCAACUACACAGACUUAAUUUGUCUUCAAAUAAUUUGGUUGGUGUGAUCCUAAAGGAGUUCGGGAAGCUGAAAAGUAUGUUAAUUUUGUACUUAUCUAAUAAUCAACUCUCAGGUAUGAUACCUGUAGAAUUCGGGUCAUUUCGUGAUCUCCUUCAACUCGAUUUAUCCACAAAUAGAUUAAACGGGUCAAUACCAAAAAGUAUUGGUAAUUGGGCACACAUUUACAGAUUAUCUGGUUCUAUUCCUUAUGCUUUUGCAAGUUUACCUCGCGGGAUUGACAUCAACCUUUCUUACAAUGAGCUCUCCGGUCCGGUUCCCCCUUGCGCCAACUUUGUGAAUGCAUCCAUGCAAGGCAAUCCAGGUUUGUGUGGAAAUGUUACCAGAAUGAAAUUUUGUGCAAGUAAAUCUAUGAAGAAGAAAAAUGAUUCCUUUCAUGAUAUGGUCAUCUUAGUAAUUAUGUUGCCUCUUAUCGGGGUAAUUUUACUUGGUUUAUUAACAUAUGGCCUCAUUGCUUAUCGAAAACAAAAGAAAAUGUCUUCAUUGAAACCAUUGAAUGGAGAAAGUGGUGAUUAUUUCACCAUUACAAGUUUUAAUGGAAAAGUAGCGUAUAAUGAUAUCUUGAAGGCAAUAAAUGAUUUCGAUGAUGCAUAUUGUAUUGGGGCUGGAGGAUAUGUUAUUAUAUAUAAAGCCGAGCUACAACCUACCAAUGUCGUAGUUGUCAAGAAACUUCACUCAUCAUCUGAUAAUGUUGAUCACAAUGGUUUCCUUGAUGAGGUAUAUGUAUUAACGAACAUAAGGCAUCGAAACAUAGUGAAACUCUAUGGAUAUUGCUCCCAUGCUAGCCACUCAUUUUUGAUUUACGAGUACCUUGAAAAGGGAAGCCUUGCAUCAAUCUUAAGAAGCGAUGUCUUAGCAAAAGAAUUGGAUUGGUUGAAAAGGAUCAAUAUUGUAAGGGCUAUAGCUAAUGGUUUGGCUUAUAUGCAUCACGAUUGCUCGCCUCCUAUGAUUCAUAGAGACAUUUCCAUAGCCAACAUCCUUCUCAAUUCUGAUUAUGAGGCACAAAUUUCUGAUUUUGGCACAUCCAAGCUUUUAAAGCUAGAUUCAUCCAACUCAACCACAAUUGCUGGCACCUAUGGUUAUAUCGCGCCAUGUAACGUAACUUUGUGA